CGCUACAUUAGGUAGAUGCGUUCUAUGAUUUAUGACCUCCCCCUGUAUCAUCGCAUUACAUGAUCAAGUAUGUCGUCUGACCCCCCAUCCCUCGAGAAUCUGGAUAUUGCCGACUUCGAUCCACACGUAUGUGCAAAGCUCUACAACCAGCUUGUCGAAAAAGCUGCCGCCCUACGACCGGAAUUCUUCAACCCAGCGAAUGCUCAUCCCGUCCCGAACGAUGACAUCGCUCAAGGAUCCUCUCCCGAGUGGCCUAUCGCGGACCGUGUCACGCCCGAGGUAGCAGCAUUCGUGAAGGAAUGCCGAUUGUACGAUGGGAUCGUAGCUGACACACUACUGAUGCCCUUCAUCAACCCUCUAUCAUUGGGCUUCUUCCUGAUGUAUCGAGACUGGUUUGACGAUGAAGAUUCCAAGAACUACCUGUGUCUCUGUCGUGAAUCACAUGACGGAGAAGGAGGUCUUUUCCUCGACCAGACGACUGGACGCGCCCGAUUCAUAAGUUUUCCUAGAGGUGAAGGUGAUGGGUCGUACGAUGCGUGGGUGCCGCUGCAAGAAAUAUUCGAAAAUUGGCUCGACAUGUGGGAUCUAGGCCACAUAUGUCUGGAUUAUGACGGCGAUGAUCCCACGGACCCCAAUUACAUCGGCGGACCGUGUUUCAUGAAUUGGCACCCGGAGAAUGUAAGCGAGCUCGAUCGGACGUUGGAAACGUGGACACGGCUUCUGGACGGCAUCACGGCACGCAUGCCUGCGGAAAGUUUCAUUCAAGAUGACGAGCAGACACCAUGGAUUUCGGAGAUACCUCUGCAUGUGGACAUGCGUUCCGGCGUCGCGCAGCGAUACACGUUCACAAAGGGCUUCCUCGAGCGAGCCCGUCGUCCCCCACAACUGAAAUCCGGCCGUCCAUUCUGCAUCGCGCCUGGUCUGACAGUCCCAAGCGUCCAAGCACUCGAGCUCGGUCUCAGCAGCAUCACAUCACAGAUCAUAUUCCCUACCCUCGCGACUCGGGAUUCCAACGAGGCGGAGGGCAUUCACUUGAUCCACGGUGGACAUCCUCGCAUGGAUCAUGUCUCGUACUUUGCUCAGGGUGUUGGCGGUCGCAUCGACUCAAAUCACUCGGAUUGGAAGCUUUUCCAGCCAUUCGACGACUCCAACACUUACAUCGAUUGUCCGUGGAACCCGCACCGACGAUUACGAUUGGUUGACAUCCUUGAGAUGCUCAUAGCCUAUGUUGAGCAGGAUGGCUGGACGAUCGGAGCGGAUGGCGUUGAGGGAUUUCUUGAGUUUCUCAAGGACACUGCGAAGAAUUCCAUGACACUACCAUGGCAGCAUGUAAUGCUAUGAAUCUCGUCCAUUUUCUAGUGAGACGCGAUCUGUAGGUCUUCUUUCAGGCUUCUGGCAAUCGAGGAUGGAUAAGAAGCGGGAUCAAGUGAUUUCAACUUCUUCAAUCCUUCACAAGUUACGACAGCUAUGAGUCUUCCCCUUCCUCCAUCUAAAGCUUCCUUUACUCAUCUCCAUCUCUCUGUCACCGGUCUCUCCAUCGCCCUCUUCUGUCCAAGAUCAAUAACCCCACGUUCUUGACCUUGCUACUGGUGAUAAACGCGUACUCUAUAAAGCCCAUCUAAUCACGUUUCGAGUAAUUUUGUCAGGACUGCCAUCUCUCUAAUCCAAGAGACUGUUUGCGAC